UGGGAGAUGUUGCUAUGCGCUACUCAUGACAAUCUCUCAAUUAGCUUUAGCAGAAUCUGUCAUAUUUUUAUUGCAUUCUCUACAGGGCUUAACAGAUUUUUGUCUAAAGCUUUGUGCAGUGUAACCGAUGCCUGGAAUCGUUCUCCACCACAGAAGAAUUUUAUUAAAGAAACAGACCAAGUCCACCAAAAAUUAAUUGCAAAUCUAUUUGCAUCUACUGAAAUGCUAUUCAAUCUUAUUUCAUUUCUCACAAACUGAAUUCAAAGUCUUCAACUGCCAAGUCUUUUUCAUAGGUUUUUUUAGUCUAUUUUUUUUUUACUAGUUUAUUUAAAAUUUGAAUUAAUUACUAUGCAACCUGUUGGAAGAAGAAGAAUUAUUAUAUCAAAAUUUUAAACAUUGAUUUUCGUUAUUCACUUCCAAUGCAGCUCAUUGGACGUGCCCAUGAAUGGUACAGAAAAUUACGUCAUGACUGGCAGCUCUAACCAUCGUGCUGAACAACUCAACUGGCUCUCAGAAAUUGCUUCUGCUGUGACAAAAGGAGCAGUGAAUCGACAUGUCUCAUCUCAAAACCCAAAUGUAGUGAAUAACACAGCUUCUUCUAAUCCUCACAAUGUUGGAAAUAAUUCUUUUCCAUUAUUUCUGUCCAAUUCUGGAACUAUUGUUUCACCAUCUGCUGUUCUCACCAGAAACAUAGAUGUCAAUAGUGUUAGAAUGUUUGUGCCACCACAGUAUCAAGCUGAACGCCCUCGCCAUGUGCAGCCUGUUUCACUUCCUAUUGGAGGAACAAAUGCAACACUGUACUACAGUCAAGCUCCUAGAAAUACACCAUAUUCAAAUUUUUUCCAGGCUACCUAUUCUUCUCCUAUGACUUUUUCAGCAGCUGUGCCUGUUGCUACAACUACUACUGUACCUGUAGAAGCUCAACGGUCUUAUCUGCAGGUAGACAAUUAUCCAUCACCGUCUCUUGUUGGUGUGCAGGCAAUUGGUUCAACACAUUCACAACUUCCUUGCUCUCCUGGAUAUUUACAACAACCACCUUUGGCCUCAAGUCCUUCCAAUCUCAGCAAUUCCACUUCUGUCUCUCACAGUAGACUUUUUCAGCAAGGUCGAAGCAUUCUUCUCAGUAGAUCUCCUGAAGGAAUGGUUGUCCAUUCACCUCAAGAAAGAGAUUCUGGUCAUGUGAGAAUCCAACUCUCUCCUGUCUUAACACAGAUGACCGAUGAUACUUCCCAAAGAAAAUCUUUUGCAUCAAAUGAUUCUAUGCUAGGAUCAUCAAGUUGUAGUCCAGUGAUAGACACAGCUCACAAUAAUGCUGUGCAUGACUUCACACUUUUAAAGGAAACCAGUCAACAAAGAACAUCCCCUUCCCAUAUGGGAUAUAGAAUGCCUACUGGGAAAGAAGGGAGCCUUAAGCACAGGAUAUUGAGGCCUCCAAGCAUUAAUAUUGUUGACCCACCUCCAUCAAUUAUUUCUGAUGCUCCUUUGUCUGCACCACCAAUUCGCACCCACCGUGAACCAUCUCCUAAACAAGCAAGAUCUAUUCCUUCUUCUGGAUAUCGUUCUUUCUCAAGUUCUGCAUCAUCUUUGACAGAAACUUCCAACAGAAUUGCAUCCAGUGGUGCAAGUCCUAGCAGCACAUUUCCUAACCAUUGUUCCUCUGUGUCCUCGGGAUCUCCAUCCCCUGCCCCUCCAGCUUCUCCAACAGCUGCUCAACUAAAAUACCCCCAGUCUUUCAUGAAAGGUGCCAUCAUACAGUUAGCAAAUAAUCAGUUGAAGCAAGUUGAGAAUAUGACAACAGAAGACUUCAUUGAGUGUGGAAUGUUAAGUCCUACUCUGAGGAUUGAUACCAGUACUGUAACAAGUAUCGAGAAAAUGCCGUCUACUGGAGCUGCUAAAUUGGGUUUCCAAGUUGGUCAGGAUAAUAUUCAGAUUACUGUAGAAGCCCCAUUAGAGCACCCAUUCUUUGUUUACAAGCAAGGCUGGUCCUCUUGUUCUCCAGAGCGUUCAGCUCAGCGUUAUGGUCUGACAUGCCAUAAAUUAAAAGUUGGUGAUACUUGUAUUUCACUUACAGAUAAACCUCGAACUUCUGUGAAUAACGAUGGAGAUAAGAAAACAACCAAUUUAAGUGUGCCAACUACAAACUCUGCAACAGGUGAUAAAAAUCAAAAUGUCUUGACCUCUAAGACAGUUGAAACUAAUGAAGCCAAAGAAGUGUCCCAAGCAUUAACCCUUCCUACAACUGUUGAUGUGUCUGGAAAACAGUCUGAUCAAACAGUUGAGAAAUUGUUAAGAGCUAAAAGUGAGACACCAUUCCUUGGACGAAAGCGGAAACGACGGUGGUCUGCUCCAGACAAUCUGCCCCAAGAAAAGGAAGAAAAUACAAAUUGUUGAAUUCGAAAGCACUUGUUGGAUAUUGCAACUAAAAGUUUAAUUAUUUGUUUUUAACAGCUUAAAAUUGAUUAGGGUGUGCUUUUUGAAUCCUUGCUUUCCUAUAUAUACAUAUAUAUAUUAUGUAAAUAUGUUCAUAGAAAAUCUUUAUUCUCAUAUGUAUUCAUGCUUCAUAUCAUUAACUCUUUAUCAUAACUAACUUCUUACCAAAAGUGUUUUGUGUUGUAUGUGAAAUCUAAUUUUAAGUUGCAUUAAAUAUCUGCUUUAAUAAAAAGUGCGAUGAAUAAUUCAUGAAUAUGCAUAAGCAAAAUCUGCUUAUUUCAUUUGUGAAAUAUAAUUGUAAAAAUCAAAGUAUAGAAAUUUUUAAUUGUGAUGUUUCAGAAU